UUAUAAAGAAAAAAAAUACUUAAAUUAAAUCAGCUCAGCUGGGUGUUGGAAUUCAAACACAAAAGUAAACUACCGAGAAACCAAGGGCGGUUCAUUCAUUUUCUGCUGCUUUAACCUGCUUCCUUCUCUUUCUCUCCACCCAAACAAGCGAAGGCCUUGUAUCUCUGUGUUGCAAUCUUCUCCGAUUUCACUCAGUGAGUUCCCUCUUGUCUUCUCUUGAGCUUCCUAAAGGUAAAUGGCUUGAAAGUCUCUUCAUUUUCUCGUCUUUUACACGCAACCUGUUUUUCUUUCUUGCAUUCUUUCAGAUUCAUCUAUCUUUCUUUGAGGUAGCUAGCUUGUUCUUUGGAUCUGAAAUCUUUAUGCUUUUUUGGCUUUGGAAUUCUGGGUUUCCUUUGGUUUUAUCGUUCUUGUUUAAAUAUUAAGUCUUUUUCUGUCCCGGAUCUCGCAUUGUCAACUUCAUGAGGAACCCAGCUCAUCACUCCUUUCCUAUGUCUGUUAUCAUUUUUGCCUCCUUGUUGUUUCAACUUGUCUUAGCUGCUGAUUAUGUACCAACUGAGAAAAUUCUCUUAAAUUGUGGUGAGAAAUCUGAUCUUACCGAUAACAAUAAUCGGAAAUGGACUCCGGAUGUUGGGUCCAAGUUUCUGGUGGGAAGUGGGAAUUCUGUUGCUGCCCAAGCUGCCACGCAAGAUCCGGCGGUUCCUGAAGUUCCUUACUUGACAGCCCGGGUUUUUUUCUCAAGUUUCACCUAUAGUUUCCCGGUAGUAGCUGGUCGGAAGUUUGUUAGGUUGUAUUUCUAUGCUAAUUCGUAUGAUGGGCAAAAUGCAACCAAUGCUUUGUUUUCAGUCACCUCUGGUGCCUAUACUCUGCUUAAGAAUUUUAGUGCUGCUCAAACAAGUGAAGCUUUGAAUUAUGCCUUUAUUAUUAAGGAGUAUUCCAUCAAUGUAGAUGGUGACCAUUUGAACUUGACAUUUAGUCCUUCUACCGCUCCUUCAAAUGCUUAUGCCUUUGUCAACGGAAUUGAGGUUUUGUCAAUGCCUGAUAUUUAUAGUAAUACCAAUGGGAUAACGAUUGUGGGUCAAAAUACUCCAUUCAUCAUUGAUAACAGCACAGCACUCGAGAAUGUUUACCGACUGAAUGUGGGUGGAAAUGAUAUCUCGCCUUCCGACGAUACAGGUUUGUUUCGGUCUUGGUAUGAUGAUCAGCCAUACCUGUUUGGGGCAGCAUUUGGAGUUACAGGAGUUGCUGAUCCAAAUGUCACGAUUGAUUAUGGGACCAUGCCUACUUAUAUUGCACCGAGCAAUGUGUACACCACUGCUAGAUCCAUGGGGCGGAAUGCUUACAUAAACAGUAAUUACAAUUUGACCUGGAUGUUCAGUGUUGACUCUGGAUUCUCUUACUUGGUCAGGCUACAUUUCUGUGAGUUUACAGAUAACAUCACUAAGAUUAAUCAGAGAGUGUUUGAUGUCUUCCUCAACAAUCAAACUGCUGAGCAUGGGGUUGAUGUGAUUGCCCUGGCAAAUGAACAAGUCGAUGUUCCUGUGUAUAGGGAUUACGUGGUCAUUUUUCCUGGAGGGAAUUCACAGCAGAAUCUAUGGCUUGCAUUGCAUCCAGACACAAGUGCCAAGCCUCAGUAUUAUGAUGCAAUCUUAAAUGGUGCGGAAAUAUUCAAGAUAAGUGAUCCUAAAAGCAACCUUGCAGGGCCCAAUCCGACCCCUGGUCCACAACAGGAUGUAGUCGAUCCAUCAUUGGCUUUGCCAUCUCAUCGAAGUCAUUCAAAGAACCUGAAGGCAAUUGUCGCUGGAGUAGUCAGUGGUGGACUGGUUCUAGCUCUUGUUAUUGGUUUCUGUGUUGUUGCUGCUUCACGUCGACGUAGGCAUGGAAAGGAGACAAGCACAAGUGAUGGCCCAUCAGGAUGGCUUCCUCUUUCGUUGUAUGGAAAUUCACACUCUGCAGGUUCAGCAAAGACAAAUACCACAGGGAGCUAUGCUUCCUCCCUUCCUUCAAACCUUUGCCGCCACUUCUCAUUUUCUGAGAUCAAGGCUGCUACAAACAAUUUUGAUGAGGCUUUACUCCUUGGGGUGGGAGGUUUUGGCAAAGUUUACAAGGGAGAAAUUGAUGGUGGGACAACUAAAGUUGCAAUCAAGCGUGGCAACCCACUAUCUGAGCAAGGUGUGCAUGAGUUCCAAACUGAGAUUGAAAUGCUUUCUAAACUUCGCCACCGCCACCUUGUUUCAUUGAUUGGUUACUGUGAAGAGAACUGUGAAAUGAUUCUAGUUUAUGAUUAUAUGGCUCAUGGGACAUUGCGUGAACAUCUGUACAAAACCCAAAAGCCUCCUCUUCCGUGGAAUCAAAGGCUUGAAAUUUGCAUUGGGGCUGCUCGUGGCUUACACUAUCUCCACACUGGAGCCAAACACACUAUUAUACACCGGGAUGUGAAGACAACAAACAUUCUUCUGGAUGAGAAGUGGGUGGCAAAAGUUUCGGAUUUUGGAUUGUCAAAAACUGGCCCCACAGUGGAUCAUACUCAUGUGAGCACUGUUGUGAAGGGUAGCUUUGGCUAUUUGGAUCCCGAGUAUUUCAGACGCCAGCAGCUAACUGAUAAGUCGGAUGUUUACUCUUUUGGGGUCGUCCUCUUUGAGAUCCUUUGUGCUCGUCCAGCAUUGAACCCUACGCUGCCAAAGGAGCAAGUGAGCCUCGCAGAGUGGGCUGCACAUUGUCACAAGAAAGGCAUCCUUGAUCAGAUUAUGGAUCCUUAUCUGAAAGGGAAGAUAGCACCCGAAUGCUUCAAAAAGUUUGCUGAGACUGCAAUGAAGUGUGUGGCUGAUCAGGGAAUUGAGAGACCAUCUAUGGGUGAUGUGCUGUGGAACCUGGAGUUUGCCUUGCAGCUACAGGAGAGUGCAGAAGAGAGUGGCAAGGGAAUUGGUGGUAUGGACAUUGAGGAGGGGACCUAUGAGGUAACCUAUAAAGGCAAGAACUAUCCUAAUGCAUCCCCUGGUUUUGAUGGUAAUGUGACAGAUUCCAGGAGCAGUGGGAUGAGUAUGAGCAUCGGUGGUCGCAGCCUAGCUAGUGAAGACUCUGAUGGGUUAACACCUAGUGCUGUUUUCUCACAAAUCAUGAACCCUAAAGGGCGUUGAGAUCAGAAGUGCAGAAGUGAUUGUAUUUGGCGAGAGCUUUAGCCAGAAUCGGGCGAGCUAAUACUCUUGCUGUUGUUAGCUGAUCAUGGAAUCAAAAAUUUGGCUGUCUUUGUGGUAUUCAUUUACUUACUAUUAUUAUAUAUAUAUUUUUACCCCUUCACUACAUACGUUUGGAUCAAGUCAGUUGUUGUAAUUUGUAUCCAAAAUUUCAUGAAGAGUGUUAAAAAUAAAAUGUUGCAGUGUCGUUUGCAUUUAACUGAUUAUGCUGAUUAUGACAUAUCCUUAUUUCAUGAUACAAAACAACCAUUCCAUUGCUCCCAUUUUGUUGAUGGUUGAGAACAACGAGAAAAGAAUACCAAGCAGCGUGGUGUGAUCCGUGUGGGUGGGGUCCUUGUUAGUUUGGUGUUAUGUGUAAACGUCCAUUGUGCAUGACAGUGACAAAUUGAUUGUGAUCAGCUGGCAAAACGUGGGAUAGAAUUAUUGGGAUAGCUGUCUGUCUAUAUAUGACUUUCUCUACGCGGCCAUAUGAAUUCUUUGAAUAAUAGACCUGGGAUGGAUAGUCAGUCUAUAAUGUGGACAUGGUCGUAUCAAACUUUAUAUUAUUUUGAUAAUGAUGAUGACGAUGAUGAUGAUGAUAAUGACGAAUGCAUCCAAGUGUCGAGCACAAAGGCCCAAAAGGGUGACAGCGGAGUUUGAUCUUCAAACUAGGAAAAAAAAGUAUUUACCAUUAAAUUACAUUAAGAUUAUGAAUUUUGGUCAUAUAUAUAUAUAUAUAUAUAUGCGUGUAUAUAUAUAUAUACACACACACACACAUUUGAGGUCACAACAACUUUUGCCAACAAACAUCUCGUUUGUGAUAAUUUAACUAUAUGCCUUACUAAAAUGUAGGAUAGGAGUGCGAAACUGUAUGAAUAUUUUGUUAUAAUAUUUGCUUUUGAUUGAACUUCAAAUAUAUCAUGUUAUCUUUAUUUAUUAUUUUCAUUUCUAAUUAGAAAUAGUAAUAACACCUGGAUAUGAAAACUAACUUUUUUGCAUUUCAGAUGAAAGUAUUGUGCUUUGAAACAGAACCAGGGUCAUUCAUUGGAAGUCCUUCUGAAAGAAGAGUCAUUGUCCAUUGAUGCAACCAGGCAUUGCAAAAAUUACUGGUGUGGCUACGCUCACAACAGAAAAAAAAAAAA